UUCAUCGCGUUUUUUGAAUUUGUGGUACUUAAUGACUGUUCUUGUGUCUUGGUUGAUGGCUGCAGUAAGUUGUCCCAUGAAGUUGUUGAAGCAGUUUCGAGUUUGGUAUUUGCUGCCUCAAGAUGUGGCGAAUUGCCAGAGUUGAAUCGGAUAAGAUCUCUGUUCAGAAAACAUUUCGGUAAUGAGUUUGAGAGAGUCAAUGUGGAAUUACAACCUGGGAAUUUUGUGAACUCCCAGAUAAAAUACAACCUAGGAAAUAAUUCCAUAUCGGAUGAUGUGAAGCUUCAAAUGACCAGCGAAAUAGCCAGAGAGUGCACUCGAUGCCUGCAGCCUGAUCAAAUAAGUCAAGAGAACUGUGUGCCACAUUAUGAAUCUUUGGAUUCGAGAAUCGGAGAUGUUAGGGAUAGCAACGGGAAGCAUCGAAGGCAAGCUUCAAAAAUCAAGGAUAUGGUGUGGAGAAUUGGGUCGAAAAUUUCCAAGUCGGGUUCCAGGAAUUUGAUUUCAAAACGGUGUGAUCCUAAUGAUAUUUCAUCAGAAAGUUCACCUCCAAUUCAAGACACGUUGACUGUCUACCUCGAUGACCUUAAAGACGAGUCAUCAAGGACUGAAGAUGUCAAUGGGAGGAAUGUGGCUAAGGGUUUGGGUUCACAGAAUAGGACUGUGAGCUCCAAGGGUAAUAAUAAUGUGAAGAAGAAUUUAGCCCAGAGACGCGGUGCUUUAAUCAAAACAGACGCGGCGUAUGGACAACACGAUGGAUCGCUUUACAAGAACCAAAUGAGUGAUCAAACCAUGUUGAUCAAAGAACGCCUUUCAAGGAGCAAGACUUAUAAUGGAAGAAAACUCGAACGGAACGAAGACUCGAAGCCUCGGUUAAGCUACGUGCACCCGAAGCUUCCAGACUAUGAUGAGUUAGUGGCCACAUUUACAGAAUACAAGGAAGAGUACAUGAAGAGCAAUUCCAAUGACAGAACUCUUUCUAAGUGGAUGCGGUUGUUUUGA